CACGGCAGUCCGCGCCGCGCUCUACCGCCGGAACAACCGCGCUGUGCCUCAUGUAUCUAAAUAACGUUACAAAGUUCACAUGAAGUGACAUUAAAUAAUGUGAUAUUACUAUAAGAAAACCCUGUGAUAUUGCUUUAAUUUUUAUCUUAUAAAAGUGAAUAUUCAGUCAUAAAAUGGCAAAGGAGGCAAACGACAGCACGCCAUUUGUUUACAAUGGCACAACCACGCCAGUCAUCUCCAAAACACCGUUACCUCAGAAGCCUAACAACAGCAAAGCUGGAAGAGGCAAAGCCCUUAGACAAAUCCUAGCGUCAUUAGUAGCCAAUCUGGGAACUAUCAAUACUGGCAUGGCAUUCGGGUUUUCCGCUACGGUGCUGCCGCAGUUGAAGAGCAAUGAAUCUAGUAUACAUAUCACAGAAACUGAAGCCAGUUGGAUUGCCAGUCUCAGCUCGGCCGGCACGCCCGUGGGUUGCCUGCUCAGCGGCUACCUUAUGGAUGUGAUCGGCCGCCGCCUGACUCUCUUGAUCACAGAAGUGCCGCUGAUCCUCGGGUGGCUGCUCAUCGCUUUUGCUUGCAAUAUCCCCAUGAUCUAUGUCGGCAGGCUGAUGAUAGGACUUGGGUCCGGGAUGGUGGGCGCCCCGGCCCGCGUUUACACUUGCGAAGUCUCGCAACCGCAUCUCCGUGGCAUGCUGGGUGCAUUGGCCUCUGUAGGGGUCUCCACGGGUGUUUUAAUAUCGUACGUGAUCGGCAGCAUGACAGCAUGGAACAUCCUAGCCGGCGUGAGCGCCAUCGUUCCCAUGCUGUCACUCCUCGGCAUGCUGGUUCUGCCUGAAACUCCCAACUACUUACUGGCUCAUGACAAGCGAGACCGCGCCGAGAGCUCGCUAGUGAAGCUUCGAGGGUCCACCUGCGACAUCGACGAGGAGAUUCAGAGGAUGAUCACCUUCAAGGAGAAGAACCAUGUAGAACCGUUGACGAGUGUGAAAGAGUACAUCAAGGCGCUGCUGUCCCCGUCUGCGCUGAAGCCGUUUGCUAUCCUGGCCGUCUACUUCUUCAUCUACCAGUGGUGCGGCGUCAACACCAUCACCUUCUUCGCCGUUGAAGUCUUUAGGGCCUCAGGCGCAACCAAGGAGAACCAGUAUUGGCUGACAAUAGCUAUGGGCAUAGUGCGGGUCAUAUUCACGGUGGUCGGGUGCAUACUGUGCCGGCGCUGCGGACGGCGGCCGCUCACAUUUGUCUCAGCGGUGGGCUGCGGGUCGACGAUGAUCGUAUUGGCGAUCUACAUGUACUUCAUCGAGCAGUGGAAGCAGGCCGGCGUCGCGCCGAUGUACGCCUGGAUCCCCGUGGCGGCCAUCUUCAUAUUCAUGAUAUCCUGUACCCUGGGGUACCUCAUCGUGCCUUGGAUCAUGAUUGGCGAGGUGUAUCCCACGCAGGUUCGUGGCAUAGUGGGGGGCAUAACGACGACAGCAGCACAUCUCUCUGUAUUCUCCGUUGUCAAGACAUUCCCCUUCCUCAAGGACGCGCUCAACUAUUAUGGCGCCUUCGCCCUUUACGGUGCCAUGUCUAUUGGUGGCAUCGCCUUCUUCUACAUAUUCCUACCUGAAACGAAAGGCCGUACUCUUCAGGAAAUCGAAGACUACUUCUGCGGCAGAACUAAAACUCUCAAGCAACCCAAUAAGGCCGAGGGCGCGUGAUCAACGUAGUACACAUUUGAUAUUUCAAAUUGCAUUUCGUGUGUUUCAGUCAGGCUUUUUGUAUGUUAUGUUCUCGAGGUAAGGAAACGUUUGGUAGACUUGAUGUUUUUCUAUGAAUUUGGCAAACGAUUGAAAUGCUAAGAUAUUUAGCACCAGGCAUACCUAUAUCUUUCAGUUAAUGUAAAAAUCUAUCAGUAGUUUAAAUAUUUUAUAACUACUUACGGCUACGAGACCGCCUAAUCUCAGAAAACAACCAUUUUAUAGGUAUGCUCACGCUUUCUUUGUGAAGUACCUACAAUGUGAAGUAUGUUCCUACCUACAAAUUUCACUGACUCAGUACCUAGCUAUUUUAUGAAUGGGUAUGGGCGAAUGAAGGUUUCGCUCUCUCUUUAACGCAAAUGCCUUAGAUACGUAAAGUACGUCUACUUAAUCUUUAUAUUGUAGGUAAGGAUCAUGUAGAAGAUAAAGAGAUUUCAACUAAACGAGUAUUAUAAAAAUAUACCUACGUUUAAGUAGUCACUAGUCUACUGGUAACGGUACCGGUAGUCGGUUCCCUAACAUAAGUAUCCACUUUUACAUACAUACAAUUUUAUUAGUAUGGCGACGUGAGUACUUGAAGUUGGGGCACCGACCGUACAUCUUGACUAAUGUUACCAAAAACGUGCCAUUAAACAAAUAUUUUAAGAUUUUGUUAUACAGCGUGUAUUUUAUUUGAUAUGAACAUAUAUUCCAAUGGUACAUAAUUAGGCUAAUUAAGGCCUAAUGAACAACGGCUAAUUAAGGUAAUGAAAAUUUAACGAAACAAAUAAGUUUGUUUGUAGUUUCCGUCCGAUCCGAUUACACAUUGAAAGUCGUCGGAAACAUCUAAAAAUUAUGGCUAAAUAUCCAAAAUACACGCUGUACGAGUAUAGUUUACUAUCAAGUUAUUUAUUUAAUUUUUAACGAAAAUAAAAUUGGAUGUUGCUUGUAUCUCUCUUAUUUAAAACAAAUCUAAAUGGGGAAAAGAAUCGUCAGCAGGCGCAUAUCGAAUAUUGAAAAAUUAUAAUAUGCGGAAAAUUAUAUUACUUAGAUGGAAAGUUAUUUAAGUUAAUAUUUCUGGUACAAGCCUAUUCUAUUUUUGAAUUCUUAGACAUUUGCUAUACCUACUUAAGUAAAUGCCAAAAAUAAAACAACUUACUCGUACAAAAAGCCAUUGUUGUUGUAUUCACCAGAACUUGUAAAUUUGUAAAACAAGAGUAUUCCUACAUGGUGCUGAAUGUUGUUAGUUAACUAUGCAUGUAUGCAUUUUUCGUAAAUAAGAGCUUC